GUGGGUUGUGCCAGGGCUGUGCUGUGCUGUGCAGCUGCGCUUGUGGGUUGCUGCGCUUUUGCUCGCGAAGGGAUCCGCACCAGAAGCUAUUUCAUGCUGGCUCCCUUCCGUGGUUCGCAUGUUUGGACGAGAAUGCGUGACUGUUUGCCCCAUCGUCGAGUGGUGUGUGUGGUGCGACCGUGCGCGCGGUGAACGAUGUUUAGGCAGAAACAACACGUCGACGUGAAAAAGUCGGCCCAAAAAGUGCUCGAAGGCAAGAGGGACUCCGUGAGCCGCUUGAAACAUCUCCGUGUCUAUCUGGACAAUGUGGACACAGCAGAAGCCAAGCUUUUCUUCGAGCUCAACUAUAGCCAUAUUUAUUGUGCAUUCCAUGACGUCUUCACCUGCGUGGAGGGAUCCCUCAAGCAGAGGGUGCACAAGGCUCAGAAAGAAGAGCUAGAUAAUGUCAAGUACAUUUUCGAGCGGAUUCUUGUGCUGCUGCCAGAGCUGCUGGCUCGGCGAUGGCAGUGGCACAGCGUUCGCAUCAUCCUCUGCAAGUUCCUCCAUCCCGCAAAUUCUGCCAAGCUGCGUCGGGAAGGGAUCCGGCUGUUCCUGCUCUGGUACCAGAUCCUGGGGGAAGGAGCGCCCUCGGACGUCCACGCCAUGUUCCUCAGCCUGGUGCCGGGGCUGCUGCAGGGCUCUCCAGCGGCAUCCCAGGGUUCGGGGCGGACCCCCGAAUCUUUCCAGGACUCGACAUUCUACACGUCGGUGGACCAGGACUCGGGGCCCGUGGUGCCGGGAGACAUGGGGCCCCUGCUGCUUCCGCAGAGUGGGGAAUCUCAGCCGGAGAACGCCACCGUGACCUACCUCGAGUGCCUGAUGGAGUUCAUGGUCACACAGGUGACGAAAGUGCAGUGGGGGGACUCCCAAGAGUGGCGACAGCAGCGAUGUUUCGAGUUCCUCUUCGAGAACUUCAAGAAGCACUUCCUACCCCACAUCUUCCCCGACUUCUGCUUUACGAACAGCAUAUACAAGCCAAAUCUAGAGCUGCCAUCGCUCCGCCAAGACAAGAAGAUGGCCGCCCCCGCGGAGGCUUCGGCAGUGCCCCCUCAGUGCCGCAGCGUGGUGGUCCAGUGGAUCGUCAACUACACCCAGCCGGCCAAGCUGCGCAAGGAAGACGUGCAAGCCGCCGCCGCCGCCAGGAAGCAAGAGCUGGCAGACUGCGGCGAGCGUUCUGCUCUGGUGGCGACCGGGGGUGGCGCCCACGAAAGCCAGUCUGGCUCGUCGUCGUCCUCGUCGUCUGCGGUGCCCUCGCUCUCCAUCGGCAGCCUGUCGGAGCGGGACUCUGACGGACAGCUGCAGCAGACGGCGGCGCAGGCGGAGCACGCCUCUGCAGGACACCGCAGCCUCACCCAGACGCAGGUGGUGCGGAACGUGCUGUACUCCAAGCGAGAAAACGUGAACCUGGUGCACGAGGUGCUGAGGCAGGCCUUCCUGGCACCCUUCUCGCAGUCCCACACGACCAAGAACGUCAUCUACACCUACCGGGACUGGAUACAGAUGGUCUCUCCGGAUAUGCCACCAUUUCUCGUGGACACCGAGGGUCGGGAGACGAAAGACGACGCCAGAAAUGCCGUGACUGAGAGCAACUGCCAGCCUCCCAAGGGUGCAGCGCCGGUGAAGCGAGAAAACGUCUUGGCCGGGGUGCAGAACGUCUACCAAGUGUUCAUCACCAACGCUGCCAACGUGUUUCUCCUCGAAGUGGCGACCGAAGAACGGACGCUCCUCGACGAGCAGGUGGAGUUGUGUAAGCGUGUGAUGAACAUCUACCGUUACAUGGUCAUGAAGCAGCACAUGGAUAAGGCAACAUGGGAACAGCUGCUCGUGGUUCUGCUGCGCGUCACUUCGCUCGUGCUUAAGACGACGCCUCCCUCGCGCAAAGAGGAGGUACUUGGAGGCAGGCUGGCCCCGGCGCUUUUCCAAACGCUGAUAGUGACGUGGAUCAAGGCCAACCUACACGCCACCAUUUCGUUGGAGCUGUGGGACGGGUUUCUUAACGUUCUCUCAUCGCUAACACAGUGGGAGGAGCUGAUACGAGAAUGGGCGAAAACGAUGGAGACACUUACACGCAUCCUGGCCCAACACGUGUACCGGCUCAACCUGGCAGACCUGCCGCUGCAGCGGCAGCAGCAGCACAGGAGGAGACGGGGCCUCAAGCACCACCACGCCGCCUCCAACCCCAGUGCUUCCGGCGCCACGGCAAAGGCGGAGACUGGGCGGGGGGACAACACCGGAGGCGGCGGAGCCGGGAACGCCACUGCGGGCGGCGCCGCCCACGUCAACGGGGUGGCACCACCCUCGCACCGAGCCUCACCUUCAUUGGCAGACUCGCGGGAGGGAAGCCGCGAGUCUGGGGUACCACCCUCUCCGCGGUUGCGAACCGGCAGCGUCGGGCAGCGUAGCUGCAGGACGGAAGACGAGGAUCGAAACGCGGACCGGGCACGCUGCAACUCCGGGGAUAGUUCUCUACCGAGCCACCAGGGUGACAGGGCGUCGGAGAAGCCACCCCUUGUCAUCAGGUGUUAUUCCGACGGCCAUCUGUUGCUGCACAAAGUCGAGCGGCUGCGACGAAAUCACAGGGCACGGGCUUUUCCAGCUCAAGACAGGUUUGACAUUGCGUCAGUGUCGUCCGACUCGAACGUUCAGUCGGACAGUCGCCAGUGUCCGCUCACGAGGAGCAAGUCUUUGGAUUACUUGUCCCUCCGAGUGGAGUCCCCGUGUAUGUCGCACGCAUCUGAGUACCGCAGCCGGUCGCCAUCGCCAACGCCAUCUAGUGGCCUCGAGAGCACCAGCAUCAAGGACUCGCCCAUUCAGAUCGACGUGCUCGGUGCCAGCAGUGACAACGCCUGCAACGCUGGGGAUGCAGACGUGCCACCUGGUACGGAUAGACGUAGUGUCCUGGCCGGCGGCGGGGUCAAGGGUUGGCUCCCCGAAGUGGCGGUGGUCCUGUGGCGCCGCAUGUUGGGCGCUCUGGGCAACGUGAACGCCAUACGCGACCCUGCCAUCCACGCCCAGGUCAUGGAACAUCUCAUCGACCUUUCGGAAACCCUCGUCAAGAUGCGGGAGAAUCUGGGAGUCACCGAGGACAACACAGCCACACCGCCGCCUCCCCAACUGAUCCCUCCACUGCUGCUCAUUGCACCCUGGCUCUUCGAGGCCCAGGGUCUUCCGGAGGGCUACGAGCGGGGCAAGCUGUUGGCGCUGCGCCUCCUGUGCUGGCUCACGGUGCGCCGUCACGACGUGCCCCUCUCCUUCGACCUCCUUGCCCGGUUCUACAACGUCCUCCACACCGGCCUUCUCGGAGAGGAUCAGAAAGUGAUCAACGCCAUUGUGAAGUACUGUGGGACCAAGUUCUUCGCAAGCAAGCUCCCAGGCCACACUGUGCUACUCCUGAAUUUCGUGCAUGGUGCGGGCAGCGUCGUUAGCUCGAAUGUCGUUAAAGGGAUGCCUCGGGUGGAGGCCGUGACCCUCUUGGGCAGCCUGGUCUGCUUCCCCAACAUCUACCGGGAGUUGCAGGUGCUUCAGUGCCAGGUUUCCGAACCCCCAGCACUGACCUCGCUCACGGACGUCAAGGAACGCAUCCUAGGCCUGCUGUUAAAGGCGGGCAGGUCUGACCCAGACGGGCUUGCCAGGUGCAAUGCCCUGUGUGCCUUGGCGAUCUUUGCUUACGAGGAAUUGUCCCACCAGACCAACCAUCCAAGGACUCGGGAAGCCAUUGGAGUCCUCCUCAUUUCCAUCAGGCAUUACAACCCGGUAAUCGCGCAAGUCGCCGGCGACAACCUGCGGCUGCUCUGCGACCACGCUGCCUACCUCACGGAACACAUGGCCCAGGUGCCGGGGAUCGUCAUCGAGGUGAUUGCCGCGACCCUCCACUCCCUCCUCCCGACCAGCAGCGCCGACGUCAGGGAAGAAAGCAAAAAGUUGGUGUUGUCGCUGCUCUUUUGUCUGGCGGACUGGUGUAUGCACAUGGCUCUCCCCGUCCUGACAAGGACAAAGCCAGACGGAACAUCUCCACUGCUCUGCACCCUCAAUGUCCUGGAGCACGUGCUGACGGGCAGAGCACCGUCCGUCCAGCCGGACGUGGCGUCGCUACUGGUGACGCUCUGCCCCGGCACCAAGGUCGCCGACACGGACCCCCAGCCGGCCGAGAUUCAGCCGAGGACCCGGUCGUCCAACCCGGCCGGGAGCAACCCUGGGUCGGGAGGGGGCAAGAUUGCUCGCUCCAUUGCCAGUUUCGUGCCGCCCGCUGUGCUCCAGAGCGACUUGCGGAGGAGCGGCAGUGUCAAGCUGGCUGCCAGGAUGAUCCUGAGCCACCUCCUGCACCAGCUGGGCCACUUUCCGAUGGGGCUUGGGGCGGCCCAGCUAACAAGCCUGGUGGGGGAGCAGGAUGACGUGCCCGCCUUGCGGGACAGCGAACUCUCCAAAGAAGUCUUCUCGGCUCCCAACAUCCAGCUCUUCGUCCUCAACAACGCCGCCAUCAUCUCUCUCGUCGAGAUCCCCGCCCAGGAGACUCCUGGAGGGGCGGCGAGCGUGGGGCUGACGACGGGCAAGUCGCAGGUGCGAGCCAUCGUUCGCGACCUGAGCGGCAAGUUUGCCUGGGACUGCCUCACCCUGUACGGGCCCCACGGGUGUCGCGCCGGUUCCUACCCGCCCGGUCCAGUGCCGGACCCGUGCCUGCACUACACAACGCAGCGGCAGCGCAACCCCGAGCUGCAGGAACAGCAACAACAGCAGCAGCAGCGACAGGGCGGAGACUCUUCGGGAAGGAGAAGUCCCCUGCAUAGGCCCCCCAACCUGCUUCCGCUGCUGGACAACACGCAAGAGAACUACGACAACUUGGACGACCUGCUGCAGUACGUGGGGCACACGAGCCCGGAGUGCGUGCAGACGCCGUGCCAGCCACUCAACUCCGCCCCCAAGGCAACGCAUGAGCUGGCGGGCAUCCGGGAGGCGGAGACCAUCCACUUGGUGCUCAGCCAGCACUCCCAGGAGGGUCACCACACCGCCAGGGCCUCCUACAGCCCCGAGAUGUUGGCCAGAGCGGCUACUCCACCCAAUCCGACGGAACCCCUGUCGCCGUUUCAGUAUUCGAGGCUACUCCUGGAGAACUUCAACUUCUUUGCCUGGGAAAAAAGGCCAAAGUUUGACCUGGUGAAGAAGAAUGAAAAGCUGCUUCGGGAGUUGAGGAACCUCGACAAUCAGAUGUGCCGGGAAACGCACAAGAUAGCAGUGAUAUAUGUUGCCGAAGGUCAGGAGGACAAGAACUCCAUCUUUAUGAAUAGCUGCGGCAGCCGUGCCUUCGAGGAGUUUGUCUCGGGCCUGGGCUGGGAGAUUGACCUCGAGAUGCACACGGGCUACAAUGGUGGACUAGAGGCCAACCGCAGCACUGGCAGCACAGCGCCUUACUGCGCCACCUCUUUCAUGGAGGUGGUGUUUCACGUGUCAACCCGCAUUCCCGCCAUUGAGAAGGAUUCUGUCACCAAAAAGCUGCGUCACCUUGGCAACGACGAGGUGCACAUAGUGUGGUCGGAGCACACGCGGGAUUACCGCCGGGGUAUCAUUCCCACCGAGUUCUGCGACGUGCUCAUCGUCAUCUACCCCCUCGGAAACUGGCUCUACCGGAUACAGAUCAACCCCAAGCCGGAGGUGCCGUUCUUCGGACCCCUGUUCGACGGUGCUAUUGUGGACCACGUCGUUCUGCCGAGGCUGGUCAGGGCGACUGCCAUCAACGCGGGGCGGGCAGUCAACUCGCUCAAGCCCAUGUUCCGCACUUACUACGAGCAGCGAGCUCAAGCCUUGGAGACGAUUGUGCAGAACUACAAGGAGCCGACGUCAUUCGAGGAGUUUGCCUCCAAGGUGCUGGCACCGGCUCCGGCCAAGAGCCCCCUCCAGCUCCGCAGAUCGGCCGGGCCGGCCGGAGCAGAGGGCGGUUCUCCAUCGAUGGGAUCGACGUUGGCGGCGGCACUGCUGGACAGUGACAGCGGUUCCUCCCCGCACCUCCACCACCACUUCCCUCGCCCUCGACCGGCCACAGUGUCCACUUCCGCCGGCGAGCAGGGCUCCUUUCCGUUCACAGAUCAACAAGCCAUGUCUGCGUCACAGAGCCACAGUUCACCGCCUGUACCGAAUUGACUCUGUCGUGGGCACCAUUCAGUUCUUCACCCCGUUCUGAUUUUUCCGCUUACACACGAACGACUGAUUUUUUUUUUUUUUUACAUUGUUAUCGAGGUUGACACGCCUGUCCUGUAGUAGAGAUCGGCGUGUCCAAACUUCACCAAGGCCAUUGUUAAUCCUGUUACUGCGGUUGUCAACUCCCUUCGUUGACGGCAGCAAGUUUGUGUUUUUCUGGCACGAGCCCUCGGAGCCUGCUGUGCGUCCACUAGAAUGGCGCGCAUCUUCUGUUUCUCUUCUGGAAAAAGGCGCCGAAUGCUCUUUCGUACGUGGAACUGUGAUCAUCGGAGCUUCGUUUUUUUUUCGACAGGUUAUUUUGGUACAGGAAAGUGUUUUGUUUGGUGGACAAAGGAGUGGAAGGGUGCUAUGUUCAUGGUGCUGUUUCUGCAGAAUCUUCUCUUCCUUCCUUUUCUUUUUUAUUUUGCGUGCGUGUGCAUGUCUGUGUACAUGUGUUAAGUUAUUUAGGUCGAGCACAAACGUUUCCUCUUUGGUCCUUCGCAUUUUUUCUUCCCGCAAUUCAGCAUGUCGAGAAACGGUGGAGCGUGACGUCGUGUAACCGAGGCAUUGGAUCAUUUCAUGCUAGUAGUCACAUACUAGUGUCACAUAUUCAAAUCAGUUAUGUGCUCUCCUGCUUUGCUUAAAGGGUAUUUUCGUUCUUUUAUCAUUUGAGGUCUUGCUUGUUGCUGACAGAGAUUGUUGCAUAUUCUUUUGUGUUUGGUCUGCCCUAAGCCUAAGGCUUUUUUCUUCUCUUUCCUCUUGUCUAGUUGGUUGACGCGACACUCCUUUGCUUUUAGCCUCGCAUCAGAGGCUCAUUUGGGCUUCGCGAACGAACGGGACAGAUUUUUUUUGCCUUCUAUUCUCCGUUUCGCACCAAGUCCAACCGUGGCCAAAGCUACAUUUGGUCUUGAUGGAGUCAAUCCAUCAGCAGAAAAAGUGCACUGUCGCGGCGGCGGCGUCUUUGUACAUCUGCUAUGACCAGGUAUAAAACAAUCAUGUGCAGAAAGAAUUGCUGGAUCGCAACGUGUUCACUGUGCAUGAUUAAUUUGGCCGGCGAUGGCAAACACUAGUCAUGUGCGAAUAGUGGAUUUCCAGUUUGAAGUGAAUAGCAGUUUAGGCCGAAUAUUUUCUAAUCAAAUAUCAAGUAGUUUCUCUGAGCCUUUCACAACUGUUGCACCAUGCUUAAAAGGAAACCCAGCUAAACUCGUGAAAAUUUUUCCCAAACUUCUCUUUGUCCAUUUAUGAGCUCAUUUUCAUCCAACUAGGCUGUGACCUCAAAAAGUCUGGUUCCUUGGGAUAGCGAGUAAACGACGGAUUUAACAUCAAAUUAAACCUAUAGAGGUGGCCAGCUAUACCUAAUUGAGGAGAUUUAUAAAUCUUGCUAUGUGCAAAUAUUCUUUACUCUCUCUUGAAUUAAAAAAAAAAAAUGUUGUGAAUGAUUAAUGCUGGUUUUUGGGGCAUCUCUGCCUAACGUAUACUCUUGCAUGACGGCCACAGUUUAAUUUUGAAAAUUUUGCUGCAAUGUAGAUAUCGACAUUCACAAAGUUUCUGGUUUUUUUUUUUUAAUAACACCAGGUGCGUGUGUGCACCAUUCCAAUCGAAAGUGUGCCUUUCUCGAAAACACGCAACUGCAACGUUGUUACCUUUCGAAGUGCUUGUCGCAGCGGGUUACUUCGUUGAGCGCGCUUCUUACCAAGCUUCGUCGCACUGCGGAGAAGCAAGACCCGCGGGGCUCGCGUUUGCAGGUGUUGCUUCUUUGCGGUGCACCUGUGGUCAGUGAGAAGCUUGCUCGACGUGGCUAACCCACCGUGAUCAGCUUUUCAAAAAAUAUAAAUGUUGCGGUUCAUCUCAAAGCACGUAUCGAAUAGCGUAUUAUUCGAAACCAUUCGAAAUUUCGAAUAUUCGUGCAACACUGGCAAACGCACAAAGACGGCGAGCGGUGCGAUGACACCCUUUUGCCGCCGCUCGAUUGGCUCCAUCGGAUCCUGGCAUUGGCUGCAGUCGUACUUAACGCCAAGCGGAGUAUAGUUUUAUUAUCGAGACAUGCGAGUCGAUUUGUUUCCCUCCUUUAUUUUACAUGUUGCCAUUAUCUGACCUAUAGUAUUACAUACUCAAUCCAGAAGAACACGAAAAGGGGCCAAGUUUGUGUGCGUUUCUAACGUCCGUGUAUUUUGGUGGAACUACCGCCGUGCACAGAGCACCAGUUCUGUACAGCACCGCCGGGUGUACUUAACACACACCGCAGUCAUGGGGACGUCUCUAUCGCUUCUGGCGUACGACGACCACUGUACAUAAUGUAGACUGCUCGUCCGCCGCGAGCAACGUCUGAUCCACUUGCACGGUUGUUUCAACCCGUCGGAGAAAGACGUUUGUGUGAGCUCGCCGACGACGGACAUAUUUUUUCGUGUCUCACCGUUCUUUUAAUGCGCGGACAAGCCUCGUUCGCGCGUUCACGGUGCACCGCACGCUCUUCCCCCAAGGGUGCGAGUUCGAACUCCAAUCUCCCUGAGCCGUGUCUUUCAGAAGGAGCGAAUGAGAUUGUCCCAGAGUUGCCAGCUCGUUCGAUUUGGAUCGCGUAACGUGCGGGUUAAGCGGUCCACACGUUUGUCUGGAACACCUUUCCUAAAGAGGUGCCAUUUUUCGACGCGAGCUUAAAGGGAUGUAUUUCUUGCGGUGGACGGUUUCUCUUUUCCAUACUGUACAUAUGUACUUAAAGCUCCGACGCUGUAAGUGGCGGCCCUUUAUUGUUUCAACUUUACGAUACCGGUUUUCGGACGAGACUAUGGGAUUUUCGAGGACGACUUGGCACAACCGAGACAUGUUGGCAAUUUGCGAGGGUGUUUAGAGCAUGCCUUCCAACUUUGAGUGGGUGCAAUGUACGCUUAAAGACUGUCUAAGGGCAAAGACGACCUUGACGUUUAGCUUGCGAGUCCCAGUCCGGUCAUCCGCGGAAGCUACGGUUCUGCCGUUUGUAAACGGAUGCCAUUUGCACAUAACUGUGUGUGAAUCUAAUGGAACACAUUCUGUACAUAAGCUUGUCCUGGCACAAUCCACUUUUUUUUUUUUUUUUUUUGUAAUUUAACAAGAUUGGAUGUAGCGUCGUACAAAGGAAAGCAGAGAUCCCCGGAGCGGAAUCUCGCUUUCAAAGUGGACAAGAAGACGCUCUUGUAUGUGCAAUCAAUGUGCAAUAAAAAUGCAGCGAUUGUCCGA